GCGCGCUGUACCAGAGCUGCGGCAGCGGCUCCUGCGCCGGCAGCUUCGGCGUCCGGAGAUGCCUGACGCUCGGCUCUGAGCGGCGGCAGCGACGCCAUGGAGCGAGCCAGGGAUCGCUUACACCUGAGACGAACUACAGAACAGCACGUGCCAGAGGUGGAAGUCCAAGUCAAACGCAGAAGGACAGCCUCACUGAGCAACCAAGAGUGUCACUUGUACGCCAGGCGUUCUCAGCAGCAUCAAAUUCCUGUUGUGGAUUUCCAGGCAGAACUAAGACAAGCUUUUUUGGCUGAGACACCAAGAGGAGGUUAAAGCAGUACUAGAACAUCAAAGUAGCUGAUUUC